AUGCCAGACACGGCAAAGGGGCUUCCCAAGAUCCAUCAUGUACCAUUUGCUGGUAGUGAUAAUUUCCCGCACAGCCCUCCUUACCUUCACAGUCCCAACACCACGGGACGUGGGGUGUGGGCUGAACCUGUGGAGCGCGCGCGCAACGCGCUAGCGAAGCUGAGUAUGGAUGAUAUGGUUAAAAUUGUGACAGGAACUGGGUUUGGUAACGGUCUCUGUGUGGGUAACAUUGGCCCCGUUAAAAAGAUUGGGUUUCCUGGGCUGUGUGUGCAUGACAGUCCCACGGGACCGCGCGGCGUAGAUCUUGUGACGGUGUUUCCUCCUGCCAUUACUGUGGGAGCAACCUUCUCCAAAGACUUGAUGUAUGCGCGGGCCCAGGCGAUUGGUGACGAGUUCCGCACGAAGGGCAUUCACGUGCACCUUGGACCUAUGGUCAAUGUCAUGAGAGCACCCUCUGCUGGGCGUAAUUGGGAAGGGUUUGGUGCGGACCCUUAUCUGAAUGGCGAGGGCGCACACCAUCAUGUGCGUGGUAUCCAGUCUCAGGGCGUGCAGGCAACCGUCAAGCAUUACACCGCAAAUGAACAAGAGCACUUUCGAAAUACGGGCUCAUCGAACGUAGAUGAGCGCACAGAGCGCGAGAUCUACAUGCAUCCGUUCAUGCGGGGAGCCUUUGCAGGCGCUGCGGCAUUUAUGACUGCUUACAACCUUGUGAACAACUCGUGGUCUUCACAAAGCUCACUUCUUAUCAAUCAGCGCCUCAAGACAGAGCUUGGCUUCCAAGGUUAUAUUAUGACGGACUGGGGUGCGCAUCACUCGGGCGUAGCAUCAGCUCUUGCUGGUCUUGAUAUGUCGAUGCCUGGCGAUGCACAUUGUUGUCAGGAACUUCAUACGAACUCUUCUUUCUGGGGGCCAAACUUGACGCACGCUGUAUCCAAUGGCUCUGUCCCAGAGUGGCGUGUACGUGACAUGGCGACUCGUGUUCUUGCAGGCUACUACUUGGUAGGCCAGGAUAAAGAUUUCCCUAAGACGAAUUUCAACUUCUGGGACAUCAAUGAUCCGAUGACGAACGCGCACGUCGAUGCCACCAAAAAUCACAGCAUCAUCGCUCGUGACGUGGUGAAUGCUGGCACUGUUUUGCUUAAGAACAAGAAUGAGACACUGCCCCUGAAGAAACCCAGAAAGAUCGCAAUCGUCGGCUCUGAUGCCAGUCCUUUCCCACUUGGUCCAAACUACUGGGACGAUCGGAUUGGAUGGCCGUACGGUGCCCUGGGCGAAGGCUGGGGCUCUGGUUCUGUGGAAUAUUCGUACUUGAUUUCGCCCUACGAGGCACUUCAAGCGCGUGCCCGCAAGAACAAUACCGGUGUGAACUGGUCGUUCGAUGACUUUAAUCACGAGAAUGCAAAGAAGGUCGCAAAUUACACAGAUGUGGCGCUCGUGUUUGUGACGUCCUUGUCUGGUGAAGGAUUUGGCUCUGUCCCGAAGUCGCAUCCGCAGAACAAGUCGGCCAACAUGGGAGAUCGAAACAACCUAACGUUGUGGAAUAGUGGUGAGCAACUGAUCAAGAGUGUUGCGUCGGUGAACAACAACACGGUGGUCAUCGUGCAUUCUGUCGGUCCUGUGCUGAUGGAAGACUGGAUUGAGCACCCGAAUGUCACUGCGGUGCUUUGGGCAAAUUUACCUGGCUCUGAAAGCGGCAGCUCAAUCGUCGACGUAUUGUACGGGGACUACAAUCCUUCUGGUCGUCUUCCGUACACUAUAGCCAAGGAGCGCAAGCACUAUCCGGCCGAUGUAAUGUACAACAGCAAGAUACACCAACCUCAGAUCAAUUUCACCGAGGGCCUUAUGGUUGAUUACCGCUGGUUCGAUCACAAGAAUAUCUCGCCUCGCUUCGAGUUCGGCUUCGGUCUCUCGUACACGCAGUUCAAAUACCACAACUUAGAUGUUGCCUACGUGGGCGACGCGAAGUUAAAGAACUGGAAUGACCACUGGGGUCACAAGAAUGCCACCACUGGACUGCCGUCGUGGCUGUUCAAGAACGCCUACAACGUUACGUUCCAGGUUGAGAAUACCGGUAAAUUCGACGGACAUGAAGUGCCCCAACUGUACGUCGGAUUCCCUAAAAAGAGCGGCGAGCCGCCACGUGUGCUACGAGCAUUUGAUCGUGUGUGGAUUCCUGCCGGCCAAAAUCGCACUAUAUCACAUCAUCUGAGUCACUAUGACCUUUCCAUUUGGAACACGUCCACACAACAAUGGCUGCGUCCAGACGGUAAUAUUCGUCUCCAUGUUGGCGCCUCAUCCCGCAACCUACACUUGCACAAGGAUCUUCCAUAG